UCAUCAUACUCACUGUACAAAUGGGUGCAGAGGGAGGUUAAGUAAUUCGCCUGAAGCCAGAGAGUAAGUGGCAGAGAUGCUCUCCAGAUUCCUUUGCUCUUAACUACCUGUGAGACUGUCAGGGCAGAAUUUAGCCGUUUCAAAAAAUGCCUGACCCCUCGCUUUGAGGGAAUUACAAGUGUUUCUUGACGUCUGCACUCUGGACACUUUUCCUCUCCGUACCAAGCCAGAAUCUAGUGCCAUCCUUACAGGUGUCUUCAUUGCUCUCUUCCUUUCCCGUCUGGCUUUAAGUUCCUCUCUCUCUACACGGGUCAGAGGCUUUAGAUUUUGGAAAGAACUGCAAAGUCGCCUUCCUCUCCCAGGAGUUCUAAAUUUCUGACAGCCAAUAGGCGCGGAGGAGCUGCAGAAUUCAGCCCAAUGAAGCUCACAGCGGAGCUAUGGGUGGAGCCAGCGAAGGGGGCGGGAACCGAGCCCACCUCGGUGCUUCCUUCUGUGUGUAGCGCCGGCUGCCCUGUGCAGAGCCAUGAGCUGGACCUGCCCGCGUUGCCAGCAACCCGUUUUCUUCGCGGAGAAGGUGAGCUCCCUGGGCAAGAACUGGCACCGCUUCUGCCUGAAAUGUGAGCGCUGCCACAGCAUCCUGUCCCCAGGAGGGCAUGCAGAGCACAACGGGAGGCCAUAUUGCCACAAGCCAUGCUAUGGGGCUCUCUUCGGACCCAGGGGGGUGAACAUUGGUGGUGUGGGUUCCUACCUCUACAACUCUCCCACUCUCACCCCGGCCAGUACCACUCCCCUCAGCCCCAGCAGUUUCAGCCCCCCCAGGCCCAGGACUGGCCUCCCCCAGGGCAAGAAAAGCCCUCUCCACAUGAAGACAUUCACUGGGGAGACUUCACUGUGCCCUGGCUGUGAGGAACCUGUCUAUUUUGCUGAGAAGGUGAUGUCUUUGGGCAGAAAUUGGCACCGACCCUGUCUAAGGUGCCAGCGCUGCCGGAAGACCCUGACUGCUGGGAGUCAUGCUGAGCAUGAUGGCGUCCCCUACUGCCACAUCCCCUGCUAUGGCUACCUCUUUGGCCCCAAAGGUGUGAACAUUGGUGAUGUGGGCUGCUACAUCUAUGACCCCGUGGAGAUAAAAUCCAAAUGAGAUGCUCACAGGAGAGGUCACUCUUAACUCAGGCCUCAUAUCAUCCCCUCCAUGGUCCAGUGGGAGCUACAGAAUUCUCCAGUCCCACAGGGGAAGGUGGGCUUCGGGUGGCCUGGGCCUAGGCUCCAUGGUAGACCAGGGAGUCUAGACUAUGCUGAUUCCUCCCUUUCCCAUUCCUAUCUGGCCGGGGGACACAGGCCACCACCUUUUAAAGAGUAGCCUCCUUGCCUUCCCAGUCCCUUUCCAUAGCAAAUUCUAUAACUUCAAGGUAUUUAAAAAACGUGUUUAUUCUGGUUUCUCUAAUAAA